GGUGGUUGAUGGGUAAGAUGGCGUCACUGGACAGGGUGAAAGUGCUUGUGCUAGGGGACUCAGGCGUUGGAAAAUCAUCCUUUGUCCAUCUGCUGUGUCAGAACCAGGUCCUUGGAAAUCCCUCAUGGACAGUUGGCUGCUCGGUUGAUGUGAGGAUUCAUGAGUACCGAGAAGGGACGCCUGAAGAGAAGACGUAUUAUAUUGAGCUGUGGGACGUUGGCGGAUCGGUUGGCAGCGCCAGCAGUGUGAAGAGCACAAGAGCCGUGUUUUACAAUGCUGUAAAUGGUAUCAUUCUCAUUCAUGACUUAACAAACAAGAAAUCCUCUCAGAAUUUAUAUCGCUGGUCACUAGAAGCUCUGAACAGAGACCUUCAGCCAACGGGUGUCCUGGUGACCAAUGGAGACUAUGACCGAGAACAGUUUGCAGACAGCCAGAUACCACUGCUGGUCAUUGGGACCAAACUGGACCAAAUCCCAGAAGCGAAACGCAAUGAGGUUCUGACGCGCACCGCGUUUCUGGCAGAGGAUUUCAACGCUGAGGAGAUAAAUCUGGACUGUACCAGCACCAAGUACCUGGCUGCAGGAUCAUCCAACGCUGUCAAACUGAGCAGGUUUUUUGACAAGGUGAUUGAGAAAAGAUACUUCUCACGUGAGGGGAAUACGAUUACUGGAUUCACAGACCGCAAGCGCUUCGGAGGAGGGUCCUUUAAGAGUCUUCACUAUGACUAAGCAAUGGCUCAGGAUACUGAGAAGGGGGUGUCUCAUUAGACAGAGGCAGCAAUAAUAAAGGACAUAUGGGGAUCAUUGGUGCUGACCCAAGACAAGAUCCCUCUGCUACUCCCCAUGGGAGAAAGACUGCCAGGACUGGCUGAAGACAUUGCCCAGACUGGAAGAGCACUCGGUGCCCAGCAAUAUUACACAAUGGGACAUCACAAACUGAAAUGAUUUGUUUAAUGUAGCAGAAAUAAACUGUGUUGUCUUUUUAUGA